UAUCACAUCGUAGUGGUGGUGGUGGCCGAAUAAUUAUUGGAAGUGGAGCCCCUCGUCCCACUGUCAUUGGCCGAAAAGACUUGUUUGUAAGAUAUGGAGAGCAAGAGAAGGCAGCUCUGCAAGAAUUUGAAUUUCUUUGUGACUUUUCCACUUCCCAUUCAGAUCUGGGCUCACAGGACCUCACUGCUUCUUCAGGCAGAGUAAAUAAAUCAAUCAUUACCACUAGCACUUCUGUGCUGUUACACACAGAUACCUCAGCAUUUCCUUACAUGAGUAGGAGUGUUGGUGCUGUUUUGCCUAAAGUAGAAAGUAAUAUAUUUAAAAAAAGCAUAAGUAACUUUGAAGAGAAAAACAGAAGUAACUUGGAAGAGAAAAACAGAACUGGGAAAAGUGAUGUUAGUGAAUGUAAUCGUGGUUGUCAAGGUCUGGCCGAUGAACAGGAGGGUGUGGAUACUCGCAGUAUUGGUAGUGUCAAGAGUGCUAUACGGCAGCUCAACAAGGUGAAUCAUAUCUCAGGAAUCAAACAACCUGCCACUAUGCCUACCAUCCCAGCUAGGAGUGCUUCCAGUACAAGCAGUACCAGAGCUAAUCACUAUAAGUCCAGUUCCCCAGUCAGUACAAACAAAACUAGGGCAUGGACCCCUACUAAGAGUAAAGUGAGUGACAGAAACAUCAUUGGAGCCUCAAAGUGUAGUGUUAGACAAGGGAACUCGCCAUCCAGUAGAACACCUUCUCCUCAGUUUAGGGUAAAAGAUAAAGGUAUUAGUAAUAAGUCCUCCAGUGGAUCACAUAGUUCUGUUGAGAGAGCACUGAGCAGUAACACAAAAACCAGCUCCCCAACGCGUAUCCCUCGUAUCCAAACAUCUCUCAUGUCUUCCAAAAAAGCAGCUGAAUCUUCUACAUUGCAAAGAGGAGAUACGUCUAAAGAUUUUUGCUGUGAAUCUACAAAAAAAUUUAAAACUCAGUGUGAAAAAUCAUUGCCACCUAAAGGCUUUUCAAGCCGAGCAGUUAAGCCUUCUCCUCGUAUACGCUCAUCUCUUCAACAGCGACAACAGCAGCAACAAAACCUUCAACAACAGUCUAACAAGAGUGGUAUUAGAAGUCCUAGAUUAGCGAGGUUAAAGAAAGCUGACCCAUUAGAAUCCUUUACUGGCAAGUCUCUGUGUGACAGUGGGUCAAGUGAAGGCUCUGAACGUUGUGGGGGAAGGCUUUCCCUCAGUGACUCUUGUGCUGAAAACUUCUCACCUAUUGAUAGUGGCGAUGAAGUUUUUUAUAAAGACUGUUAGCCAGCUUAUUAGUUUAUGAUCAUGAAGACUUGAUAUGUGAUGCCAUUGUGCUCUGCCAGAUAUGGUGCUUCAUGGGAUUUAAUGUAAGGGAGCACAGAUUCUUUUUAUUUUUUACUUUUUUUUUUUUGUUUGCACUGUGCAUGAUUGCCAUUAUGAAAUUUUGUAUUAGUUUAAGUAGCUGUGGGGUUAUUUAUUUCUUUAAUUUAUUUUAUUUUAUUCAAAGGUCCAUGGAUAAGCACAUUCCGACUUAUUGUGACCAUGACAAUAUUUCCAUAUUAUGUGAAUAUAUUUCAAAAAUAAAAAUUUUCAGUUUCUAAUAAUUAAAGCUGUUGUCUUCCACUGUAUUCUCAUACUAACAUGCUUAUGCUUCCCUAGGCUCACAUGAUGUGGAAGAUUUGCCAAAAGCAGUAUAGAUAAAGGUGGCUUUUUUCUGAUUAUUUUGAUUAAGUCAUGUUAGUAUUUGUGAGAGAUAAACAGGUGAAAUGGUAUCAAGUGUGUUAAAUUAUGUAUCUCAACAGCUAGAGCAUUUGCUAGUCACUAUGGAGUUAGGGCACCUAAGUAGGGUUUAGGAAGAUGCAGAUCUGUGUCUUGCAUAGAUGUAUUUAUGCAAUAAUUGACUUAAGUGUUGCAAGCAUUUAACUACCUUUCUGAUUAUUUGAAUCCUCUGAUAAUAAAUGUAGACUACUACAAGGGAUGUAGGACCGUGUUCCCUUAAAUGACCAAGAAUGUAAAACUGCUUGACAUUGAGGAAGACACUUUGUGCAAUCCUCCCCAGCAUUAGAUAUCCAAGAUACAACUUCCUAACAUAAUUUUUUUCAGUGUAUUGUAACUUAUCAAGAAGACCAUUUUUAUAUAUAAUUAUAAUAAAUAUGCAAGAAAAGUAUAUAAUUUUUUGCAUCAAUGAAACUUGCAAUAAAGAUAUGGUGUAUAAAAGUUGUAAGAGAUGUGUCUUGUAUGCUAGUAGGGAUACCUCAUUCUGGAGUGGUGAUUGUGUUGUAGUUGUAUAAAACCAACAUUAAAGUAUUCCAAAUUGACACAGUGAAGACUGAGUCUAGACCCCAAGCGUGUUCUACCCUUCCCUUAUCUUCAGUACAGUAUUGCAUCAACUGCAGUUUCUCGGUACUUCUGCAUAUACGGUAGGACCCUAACUUACGAAUAAGUUGCAUUCCCGGUGUUUCGAUUUAAAAAAAGUUAUUUGCAACCUUGAGACUUAUCCUUCAAAAAAAGACAGGAAAAAGGAUGGUUGUCACAUAUGUUCAUAACUGUAGAGAGACAUUCAUCAAAUAUUCUCUCAAUAUGUCUUUCAGGCCUCUUAAUUUGAAAAUUUUUUAUUAUAAUAGAUAAGUGCCAAACCCACAGGGGUCAUACAACACCUGGGGAAUGGGAGGCAAUUAUUUAUGAUCCAAAGAAGGGGAUGAUAAGUUCAAUUUCUUGGAUCAAGAGCCCCUCAACAGCACUUUGGUAUCUCCCAAGAGGGGUGGAAUAUCGUAAGUUCAGGUCCAGCUGUAAUUUGCAAUAAAUUCACCUAUUUAAUUUGUGAAAUUAAGACUAUCAGGUGCAUUGCUCCUUAACAAGAACAAAUAAUACAAGAGGUAUAAUUAGAGAGAAGUUUUAAAUAGUUCAUCUCAAUUCGUUUUACAACAUCCAGAUAUGUAUAAACAUUACUUUGCAAAUGUCUAUUGCAUCCAACAUAAACUAAACGCAGUAUUUUGACAGCAAUAGCAGUAAUAGUUGAUUAAAUAUCCCAGAAGAAUCUAGGUGCAGUCUAGUGAGAAUUUUCUUUAAUUGUACGUGGAAUGUUAAAUCUCUUAUUAUUUCAGAUAUUUGUUUUAUAUGUGAAUAUUUGGUAAUUUCUUAUAUGUUAGAAUUUUGUAAUUUAAGAUAAUGCACAGCUUAACAGAAAAACUACAUAAAUCCAGAUGUCUGCUCAUUUCUUGAUUAAUAAUCCUAUAAAUACAUUUUUUACUUCA